CUCAACACCCACCUUCCUUGAAAGCAGUCUUCAAUCAUUCAUUUGCCUUCAAAACCAAUUUUCAUCCCCAGGAAACAUGUUUGGUCCUGCCAAAAAGCUGCCCCAAUCUGAUUUCAGUCUAUCGAAACACAUGGGGAGGAAGUAUGAUUCCAGGGUGCAAAAGACUGCUCAAAAUUACAGAAGUUGGAAUACCAUGGGAGCUGAUGAAACUUCCGUGAUGGAAGAUGACUCUGGAGUUUCUACUCCCCCUUUAUGGGGAACUAAUCCUUCAACGACUCCUCAGCCUGGAGAGAACAUUAAUUACCGAUGUUUAUCGCCGUCAUCGCAAGCUCAAGCCAUCGCUAGAGGUCAAAGGGAGCUUAUGGAAAUGGUUAGCAGAAUGCCUGAGUCUAGUUUCGAACUCACCUUGAAAGAUAUUGUGGAGCACCGGGAUGCGGCUGCUGAACCGAAACAGGAGAGUUGUGCUGGAGGGAGAGGUGCCAUCAAUGAAGAUACAUACAGCGAAGAGAAGGGGAAGAAGAAGAAGAAGAAGAAGAAACAGCAAAUCAACAGAAGUGGGAGCAUAGAUAAUGGAGGGUUUCUUCUGAAAAUGAUGUUUCCAUUUUCCUUGGUGUCAAAGAGGAAGAUGAAGAGGAAUGGUUCAAAUUUAAAUUAUAAUUCUAGAGUUUCACCGAAGCCAACAGUAUCAGAUGAAUCUGGUAAAAGCAUAUAGAUAAAGAGUGGUUGAAGAAGAGAUUGGGGUCGAGCAAGAGUGACGGCUCUGGAUCCAAUGUAACCAGUGGAGGUACCAAAAGCAGCCGUAGCAGCAGCUGCGGGAGCGUCAGCAAUACCGGCGGCAGGCAUGCGGGGAAGGAUUGCUUGCCUUUCAUCUUCAAUAGGAA